GCUCGAUUAUGCCAAAAGCAUUAUCGAAUGGUCUUGAUUUGGCUAUAAAUAUUCUUCAGUUUCGUUCCAUUCCUUACCUACGUCCACUUUAAAUUUAUAGGAAAUCGUAAACAGCGUUCACAAAAGUUUGAAUUGUUAAAACAAAAUCAUCCAUGGGGUGGUUCAUAUCCCUGCUUAGAAUGAUUGUGUGUUUACAAGUGUUACUCUUUUCUUAUUCUUCUUCCCAUUCAUUAUUAUGCCACCAUGACCAGAGCUCAACCUUACUUCAAUUCAAGAACUCCAUCACUGUUGAUACUGAUUAUGCUUGCAGUCAAACUCAGAAGUUAGAAACAUGGAAGAAUGGGACAGAUUGUUGCACGUGGCUAGGGGUCACGUGCGACACCCUAACUGGUCACGUGAUUGGUCUGGACCUCAGUUGCAGUGGCCUUGAAGGAACAAUUCCUUGGUUUUUCUCUAACCUCACCCAUCUUAAUUUCUUAAGUCUCUCAUUGAAUAAGCUUAAUGGUUCAAUUCCAUCCUCACUUUUAACUCUUCCACAACUUACUUCAUUGUAUCUUGAGAAUAAUCAAUUUAGUGGUCAAAUUCCAAAUGUCUUUCAUGUGUCAAACAGAUUUCAAGAAAUAAAUUUGAGCAACAACAAUAUUGGAGGUGAGUUGCCGUCAUCACUUUCAAAUCUUCAGCAUCUCAUUCACUUGGAUCUUUCAGGUAAUAGACUGAAUGGUUUAAUCACAUCAUCACUUUCACAUCUUCAACAUCUCACUUACUUAGAUCUUUCAUCCAAUGAAUUUAGCAAUAAAAUCCCCGAUGUGUUUGGGGGCCUAACAAAGUUGAAAACUCUAAAACUCAGGGCUAAUAAUUUAGAGGGACGAAUUCCAUCUUCAUUGUUUAGCUUAACUCAACUCUCUAACUUGGAUUGUUCUUCAAAUAAAUUAGAAGGCCCUUUUCCUGACAACAUAAUAGGGUUUCCAAAUCUAACUGCAUUAAACUUGAAUAACAACUUACUAAAUGAAACAAUUCCUUCAUGGUGUUUAUCUUUGCCUAAUUUGGUAUUUUUAGAUCUAUCAUAUAAUCAUUUUUCAGGACACAUAAGUGCAAUAUCAUCAUAUUCCUUGCAGUUUCUUUAUUUGUGCAAUAACAAUCUACAAGGUGAUAUUCCGGAUUCUAUAUUUAAACUAGCGAAACUUUUGGACUUGAGUUUAUCAUCAAACAACUUGAGUGGCUCUAUUAAUUUUGAACUUUUCUCCAAGCUUCAAUAUCUUCAAAGUCUUUCCUUUUCACACAACAGUCAUUUAUCACCAAACUUUGAAUCCAAUGUUAAUUACAAUUUCUCUCUCUUAGAAAGUUUGGAGUUAUCUUGUGUUAAUUUAACCCAAUUUCCUAAAUCAUUAGGAAAAUUUCCAAAUUUGAGUUAUCUGGAUUUAUCCAAUAACAAAAUUAUUGGAGAAGUUCCCGAUUGGUUUCAUGAAAUGGAUUCAUUAUAUAUGUUGAAUCUCUCUCAAAACCUAUUGACAACAUCAUUGGACCAACUCUCAAGGAUUCAUACGCUUGGUUACCUUGAUCUUAGUUUCAACUUAAUGGCUGGUGGCAUCUCUUCAUCAAUUUGCAACGUGAGUUUCCUUCAGAUUCUCAACCUAUCCUAUAACAAGUUGAUUGGCACCAUUCCACAAUGCCUUGGAAAUUUAUCAUCCCUUCAAGUUUUGGAUUUGCACAACAACAAACUUCAUGGCACUUUGCCAAGUACCUUGUCAAAGAUCAAGGGACUGAGAACUCUAAAUCUAAAUGGCAACCAAUUUGAAGGUCCUUUGCCCAAAUCGUUGUCCAACUGCAUACAACUAGAGCUUUUAAAUCUUGGCAACAACCAAAUAGAGGAUACAUUUCCUCAUUGGCUUCAAACCCUACCACAUUUAAAAGUACUAGUUUUGCGAGCCAAUAAGUUGCAUGGUAUUGUUGCCAAUCUAAAGAUCAAGCAACCAUUUCCCAGUUUGAUUAUUUUUGAUAUAUCAACCAAUCACUUCAGUGGUCCAUUACCAAUAGCUUAUGUAAGAAAUUUUAAAGCUAUGAAAAGUAAAGUGGAUAGCAGUUUGCAAUACAUCAACAUAGAUAUAGGAUUUGAAGCACAACCAUUUAGAGCUAAUUAUGUGCUGGUCUAUGAUUCUGUUACUGAAACAAUAAAAGGGAUUAGUAUCACACUCGAGAAAAUUCCAACAAACUUUGUAUAUAUUGAUUUAUCAAAAAAUAAUUUUGACGGGGGAAUUUCAAAUGGUAUUAAACAGCUUCAUGCACUGAAAGGGCUUAACCUUUCCUAUAAUAGACUUGUCGGUUCUAUUCCACAAUCAAUGGGAGAUUUGGCAGAAUUGGAGUCAUUGGAUCUCUCCUCAAACAUGCUCACUGGUGAGAUUCCAAUAGAAUUUACCAAUUUGAAUUACCUUGCAAUAUUAAAUCUUUCCUAUAACCAUCUUGUGGGAGAAAUACCUCAAGGAAAGCAGUUCAAUACAUUUGCAAAUGAUUCCUAUGAGGGAAACGUGGGAUUAUGUGGACCUCCAUUGUCAAAAGAAUGCAACAAGGUUCUUGAUCAGUUCCCUUCACCUUCAACGACCUUCCAACUUGAACAAAAAUUUGGAUUUGGUUGGAAACCAGUGGCUAUAGGAUAUGGAUGUGGAAUGGUAUUUGGAGUGGGCUUAGGAUGUUGUGUGUUGUUAAUAGGAAAGCCUGAGUGGCUCGUGAGGAUGGUUGGAGGCAAUCCUAACAAAAGGGAAAGAAAGAACAGAACAAGAUGACUGGUUGAAACCAUGGAAGAAUGGAUUAAUGAAUGUGUGACAUAUAUGAAGUAUGUCUUGUUGCACACCUUCCUUUUCUAUUUUCAGUCACGCUUUCUCGGGAAACAAAAGUUAACUUUCUGUGAUAUAAUUGUAAGCAUUGGUAUUAGCAAUCAUUGUUACAAAUUAAAUUUGUGAAAUAUUGAUCAUUAAUAAAAAAAUUUGUCUU